AUGAGACAGCUCUUCCAGGCCCUAGACGAGGGAGAUGUAGAGAUGAAGUCAGCCUUCUACAGCUUGCUAUGCAAACAUGAACCUGAUCUUACUGGAAAACUGGAGAAGCGUAAACAACAAUUGGAAGAACAGGAUGCUGUUGACUUCGUGAACAGUACCAGGGAUGAUCUAAUUCAGAAGGUUACCAACGUAACCCUCAUUGCUGAUCGGCUACUUCAGAAGGGUUUGAUCCUGGAGGAGGUUUACUCUGGGAUCAGUACUGCUGAGUCCAGCCAGGACCAGAUGAUACUGCUGUUCCAUGCCCUGGACGAGGGAGGGUCAGAGGUUAAAUCAGCCUUCUACAGGAUUCUACUGGAACAUCAACCUGUCCUAGUCCAAGAUCUGGGAGGUCUUCUUAGAAAUAAUAGAAAGCUGGAACAAAAGAUUAAAGACCUACAAGGUGGUGUCUUUCCAUGGUCCAGAUGGGAGGUUGCUGUUCUAAUAAUAUGUCUUUUGGCACUUCUAGCUGUUGGUUAGUCUGAUGAGCUUCUACAGUAUAUAUGAGUUUAAUCUGAUGAGCUUCUUCAGUAUACAUCAGGUUAGUCUGAUGGGCAUAUACAGUAUAUAUCAGGUUAGUCUGAUGGGCCUCUACAGUAUAGAUCAAUCAAUCAAUCAAAUGCUUUUACAGAGACACCAGGUUAGUCUGAUGGGCAUCUACAGUAUACAUCAGGUUAAUCUUUUAUUAUUGUGCUGGGGAGUAGGCUCAAUUGUCCUUCUCCAUUGUAAAUCCUUGUUAAUCUAAGUAAUGCGCUCUCUAUAUUUUCUUGGUGUCCUGCUCCGUCUUAACUUAGGAGGACAUAAAAUCUUGGACCACACCUCAGGAGUACCAGGCUCAAAGGAAUCAUAGCUGUCCCAGUCUAAAGACAAUGAAAUCAUAUUGCUUAUUACUAUAUAAGUAAAAUUACUAUAUAUAGUAAUAAGUAUAAUCAAGUAAAAUUUAGUAAGGCCAUUGUCUUUUUCUGCUCUGCUCACUGGUUAAGGAUGCACCUAUAGCUGAUAAGUAUGGCUUUGGCUAACUUCUGAAGGACUGUAGACAUCUUGUUAAGGUUUGCAGAGCAGCUGGUGAGACAUGUAGACUAACCAUGCAUGGGAGGGGGACUCAGUGGGCUGGACUGAAUGUAUUUAGGCCUGAGCUCAACCUCCAAUGGAAAGCUCUUGACCUGACUCUUCUGAAAGUGUUGUUAACUACUCCUGAUUUGCAAAUCUUGAUUAAAGCUUUACUUUCUAAAAUAAUUUACUGUCUUCUAUUAAACAUAUUUCCUAUAG